AUGUCCGACAACAACGCCCACCCUGGGGUCCGUAGCCUACUGGCCAAAUUCGAAACCGGUGAUAGCCCUAUCACCUCGCCUCCGUCGCGUGGAAGAACACCUGUGCCUUCGGAUACUCCAGGAUCCUCUGGAACGCGUCCACUUUCUCGCGUCCGCGCCAGCUUCGUGACCGUCGAGGGCGCUAUCCAGUCGAAUUCAGGUUCGCCAUUGCGAAAGACUAGUGGACGGAGUGACAGCCCUGGAAUCUUUGGACCUAAGAUCAACCAGGAAGAGGUGGAAGCACGUCGACAGAACGUGAUUUCCCCAACACCCGACGGGAAUAACAACAACGGCCAAGACAGCAUCAUGGACCGGACUGUCAAUGGAAUCCAGGAAAGAACCGCGGCUUUAAGCCUAGACGGAAAUGUUGGUGCUAACGAGCAGCCUUCAUCUCGGGUUGUCAGCACGUCUUCCGUGGAGUCUGCAUCGUCGAAGAAAGAGGAGCUUGCUGCACCCACGCCUGUGCCUGCGGCUACUUCUAGCCCCGCGGCACAGUCAGAGAAGCCGGCACCAAAGACAGUGACUAAGAAGCCAUCGAAUGUUCACGCCACAAGAACUACCGCACCGAAUAAGCCCGCCCCGGCCGCAGCAUCAACCGCCGCGAAACCCACGACCAGUGCUACUGCGAAGCCCACUUCGGCGCGCGAGCUAGCAAAGGAACGAUCGAACGCAAUUGCCCACAAGUCAAGCCGGGCCUCACUCAACCCGGCUACCAAGACCGCUGUGCGAACAGCUCGCGGUACAACCCCCUCUCAAGACGGCCCUAAGACAUCGACUACCACCGCACCAAGCAGCAAGCCUCGAUCGAAAUCACCUACCAGGCCCGCUCGACUACCAUCCUCUGCGACUGCAUCAACCGCGUCGUCUUCUGGUAGAUUGGGUGCCGUGGGUCCUUCAAACGGACGCACCACGACCACUGCUUCAACCCUCACACGCAAGCCAUCAUCCCUCAAGAGUGCGGUCAAUGCACCCCCAGCGCGGGGAUCUGCUACUUCGAGCGUUCGGAGACAGUCGUCUCGACCCUCCCUUGCUGCGCAACCAGCACAAGAGCGCCCGAGCUCUCGUACUAGUGACCACAGCUCCAAGCCCGUCAAUGAAGGAUUCUUGGCCAGGAUGAUGCGCCCGACAGCCAGCUCGGCCAGUAAGACACAUGAUCGUCCCGAGGCUAAGAGCCCGCCAAAGAGCAAAACUGCUCCAUCCAAGACCACUACCCGACGAGUCUCAGGUCAUGGUACGGUCCAGCCCAAGGCCCAACCCGCACCUCUUCGUCCCCGGAGCGAGAAGUCUCAGCCUUCUCCUAAGGAGACUCCUGCUCCUUCAAAAGACGAGGUGAAACCUGCUGAGAAGAGACAGGAUAUUGAAAGCGAGAAGGAGAAUGUGGACUCUGUUGCUCCCAAGGUCGAAGAACCAGCUGUGGAAGCACAGGACACUAUCGUCGAGCAACCUGAGCUCGAAACUCCAUUGGAAGAAGUCAUCAAGAAGGCCGAACCCGUCGAACAAAAAGAAAUUGAAGUUCCCGCUGAAGUUGUUCCUGAGCCCGAGCUUGUCGCAGAGCCCACAACCACCCAGGAGAACGUCACAAAUGCCACCCUUGAAGCUCCCGUUGAGGCUCCCGCUCCCGUAACGAUCAAGGAGGAUCCAAUUGUUGAAUCUGAGACAGAGGCAACAGCCAUCGAAGAAAGCCAGCUCGAGGCCGAGGUGAACACCAACGGUGCUAUAGAGACUUCUAAGGUGCAUGCCAAGGAAUCUAUCGAGGAUAUCACCGAGCCUAUUGUUCAGCCUGCUGCCGACAAUGAGACCGAUGCCGUUGAGCUGGAUUCCUCGAAUCCCAAGGCCGAGGUCUCUGAUGUCCAUGAGGUCCCCGAGCCCACUGAAGCACCUGUCCAGGUUGGCGAAGAUGUUUCCGAUCCCACCAAGGGUGUGGUCGUGUCGGAGCUCACAUCUCAAUCUAUCGAUGAGACACCCGCCAAGGAUUCCCUAGCAACCCUUGAGCCUACUGCUCCCGCCGAGGAACCUAUCACCCAGGCUAAGUCGGACACCGUCGAUAUCGACUUUGCCAACCAAUUGAGUUAG